AUGAGGGGCAGAUGGCUAAUUCCCUGGGGUUCUCGAGUCAACCUUGCGUCGAUUGGCCAUUCGAUACGUUUGCUGGCACCGGACUUUAUGGUGUACGUGACAUUCGUGAUCACACUGACAGUGUGCGAGGCCUAUAAUCGUUCAUUUGCGUCUACGGACCAGGUGGUCGAUGUUGAAUGCUCACCGUAUGAACGUCAGAAACCCUCGGCAGGCGGCGUCUCUGUGCUGAGGGCAAUCUUCAGCUACAGGUCAUUCCGAAACGCAGUGAAUGCCGUAUCAGAAGUUCUUGUGGUCGUACUGUUGUGCCUGGUGUCCGUCGCCUGGCCAUCGUUGCUGUCAUCGUUCUAUUUCGUGGUGUUCCUUGGGUUCAUGACCGUUUGGGCGUUCUGCCUCACCAGGUCAUGCCACUGUGUUCGUGUGAUGAAGACUAUGCUCAUCUCGUACCUGGCCGUCCAUCUCAUUACUUUGUACCUGUAUCAGAUGUGGCCGUUUCAAAACGACGUAGAACCCAGCACGUUGGUGGGUUUGACGCCGAUUUUGGAGACGAACUGCAGUAGCGUGUGGGCAGUGCAUUUCGUGAAGCAAGACCCUGCCGUGUAUGGAAAUGCCGUUUUGCUGUUCGUAUUCUACAUGUAUCUGGCAUUCCAAAUUCGAUACCUGGAUAAAAUGCGCGUAGGUGACUCGGUUCCGGACGACUUGGUGAAUUCCGGCCAAAAUGGAGAAGUUUUCGAAUCGGUGUCAUCCAUACAUGAAGACCUUUUGCGGUUUGCUGAUGCAGAAGUUUGCGGCAAUAUCGAGACGACCACCGCCGCCACCGAAAGAAACAAGGCUGACGUUGCUGCAGGCUCCUCUGAUACGAAGACGCGCAAACAGAGUGACCUAUUUUCACACUGUCCCCUGCUGGUGGACGUGUAUGCGCUUCUGCUUCGUCACGCGUACGUUGGAUCCCUAUUGGUGAUGAUGGCCUGGGCGAUUACCUACCACAGCUGGUUAUCGUUUGUGUGGCUACUUCUCGCCUGUGUCAUUUGGAUGUGUUCGAACAGCAGACGAACGUUCUUCUUCCUGUCACCGUUCAUCGUCUUUUACGCAGAGGCACUUCUGAUCCUACAGUUCAUAUACGGCUUGAACCUGACUGCUGCCGAAUUGCCUGACGACCUUCCGGGCUUUCCGCUUCAGCAGAUUGGUUUAAUUAAACCUGUUGGACCGGCUUGGGUGCCACUGUUUAUUAAGGUACUCUAUUCUUGUUUGUUCUGGGCUUCUAUGCGGUUCUUCUGCUACGAGCGAAAAUCACUUUCUUCCGGCGGCGUAUCGCUUCCCGGUGGCAUCACCAUCUACGGCACGUUCGCCAAUUACGAGUCGCAGUCAAGCUGGCUCGAACGGUUCAUGGCUAAGUACUGGAUCUACGUCGUCGGCUUAGUGCUGCUGCUGAUUUCUUUGCGACAACCGGUCUUUCUCUAUAACAUCGGCUACAUGGUGUUUUUUGUCACACUCCUUACGGUGCUUCAGGUAUCAUUUGCUUUGUGUCGGCGUCUACUCUUUUUCUACUGGAUGGUUUUGUCGGCAUACAGUAUCGUGAUUCUAUGGUUGGUGUAUACCUAUCAGUUUCAUGGAGUGCCCGAAAUGUGGCGCAAUUGGACAUACUGGUCAGAUGACGUGUAA